CUCUCACCCACUUACUCAACUCACAAUGCCUCGCUCUUCCCGUUCGUCCGCGCGCCCCGCCGCGCGCCCCGCCGCGCCUCCCGCCGGCACCCGCCAGGCCUCGACCGCCGCGUACCCCGCCCACCCUCAGCAGCACGCGCCCGUGCAGGCGCCGACGCAGGGCUCGGCCCCCGGCCUGCUCGCGCAGACCGCGUCGACUAUGGGCGGCGCCAUGGCGGGGUCCGUCAUCGGCCACGGCAUCUCCAACAUGCUUUUCGGCGGGCGUUCCGCCGAGGCACCGCCUCCCCCGUCCGAGCUGCCGGCGCAGCAGAGCCAGCCCGUGAACGCCAGCUGUGAUAUCCAGGCCAAGGACUUCACCAAGUGCCUCGAGGCCACGAACGGCGACAUGACCUCGUGCUCGUACUACCUCGAGGCCCUCAAGGCCUGCCAGGCCGCAGCGCGUCCGUACUAGAUGGUCCGUUGGGGUCAGGAGUGAAAGCAUGGUUCAUUAUGCACAGCAGUAUCCAAUGG